AUGGAUAACUUCACGUUAGAUCAACUGAAAACUUCAUCUGCUGCCUGCCCUUGGACGGUGUCUACAUUGUUCACAUCAAUUUUGGCUGUGAUAACUACAGUUACUUUACUUGGAAAUAUGCUCAUUGCUGUAGUCUUCUCCAAGACCCCCAGCCUACAGACAAGCACCAACUACUACAUCGUGAAUAUGGCAGUCUCUGACUUCCUCGGACCGUUUUUCAGUUGGCCGCUGUACGUUAGUGAAGGCAUGUUCACGCGCAAUGUUUUUAUCAGUGGGUCUUGGGCUUUGGCUGUGUGCAAGUUGGGAAUGUAUUUUAGGGCGGUAUCUCAGAUAGUUUCCGUUGUGAGUCUGGUGUUAAUCGCUUUGGACAGAUUUGUUGCGAUUGUUUUUCCUUUUAAAGUUGCUAUGAUGAAUUGGAAAAUUCGAGUGAUCUUAUUGUUGGUAUCGUGGCUAAUAGCGUUGCUUAUCGUUCUUCCUUACGCACUGUUUUCCAAGAUAANCCUGCCCUUGGACGGUGUCUACAUUGUUCACAUCAAUUUUGGCUGUGAUAACUACAGUUACUUUACUUGGAAAUAUGCUCAUUGCUGUAGUCUUCUCCAAGACCCCCAGCCUACAGACAAGCACCAACUACUACAUCGUGAAUAUGGCAGUCUCUGACUUCCUCGGACCGUUUUUCAGUUGGCCGCUGUACGUUAGUGAAGGCAUGUUCACGCGCAAUGUUUUUAUCAGUGGGUCUUGGGCUUUGGCUGUGUGCAAGUUGGGAAUGUAUUUUAGGGCGGUAUCUCAGAUAGUUUCCGUUGUGAGUCUGGUGUUAAUCGCUUUGGACAGAUUUGUUGCGAUUGUUUUUCCUUUUAAAGUUGCUAUGAUGAAUUGGAAAAUUCGAGUGAUCUUAUUGUUGGUAUCGUGGCUAAUAGCGUUGCUUAUCGUUCUUCCUUACGCACUGUUUUCCAAGAUAAUACAGUAGAGGACCAGAUUGUUUGCAGGUUUAUCGCGAACGAGGAAACAACAACGGUU